AUGAUGUUAUUCAAAAUUCUAUUUAUCGUUGGUGGUCUUGUUCUCAUGGUCAAUGCCAGGUGCGACCUUACAGAUGAUCCGUUGGAAUUAAUUGAAUGUCUAUCUCAUCUCAGCACGAUGUUGCUCGGAUUUGCCAAGAACGAUAUCAGUAGAGUAUGUCGAUCCACUUCGUUGAUAGCACAGUGUGCUCAAGGUCAUCUCUCAGAAUGUGUUGGACAACAGCUAGGCAUUGCCGCAUUUAAUGAAAUUAAGCAUUUGGCACUGAAUUGUUGUCCAGAUCGCAACAGUGCAAACUGUUCUAUUCGAGACUCGACAUUGAAAGAUCAACGUUGUUUUGCAGCCGACUCUCUUGUCACCUUGCCCAAUGGACAACACAAGUCCAUUACACAACUACAAUCAGGUGACACAAUUCUCGCCUACGACGAUAGAACAAAACAACUCAUCCACACCCACCUCAUCACCAUGCUCGAUUUCCAACUACACCGGUUCGCCUUAUUCAAGCAGCUCACAACUCUCUCUGGUCGACAACUAUCACUCACUUCAUCUCAUCUUCUUCCAACUAGUGAACAAACCUAUGUCAUGGCCAAGAAUCUUCGCAUUGGCAUGGACAUCUAUGUCAUGAAUGAUGAAGGUGUGCUGAUGAGUGAAACAAUAACAAAUAUAACAGAUGUUGUGAAACAAGGAUACGUUGCUCCACUGACUGCAGAAGGUACACUGAUAGUGAACAACAUCGCCAGUUCGUGUUAUGCAACGAUCAAUAGUCAUCAUGUUGCUCAUGCUGCAGUGGCGCCGAUGCGAUGGUGGUAUCGUUUAUUCGGAAUGUCGUGGAAGGGAUCGGAAGAAGGUGAAGGAAUACACUGGUUUGCAAAAAUGUUGUAUGAAAUAGCUGUAUUCAUUGUUCCAUCAAUCAUACACUAUUGA